AGCUUGAACUCUUCCUGGAAACGCUUGCUUUCUUCACCGCUUCUCUUGCGCAAUCUAGUGGGCCCUCCCUCCCCUCUCCGGCUUCUUAUACCGACGAGAGCGGCGAACCGCAGCCCCGAGCCUGAACGCCACACAGCGUCCCCUCUCGGCCCGGCACUCAGCGCGCCCCGCAGCAGCCACGCUGGACCACAGCUGCCUGGGAAACACCUCUCCCGCAGUUAUGGAGAAAACUACAGAUGUACUUCUUCUCACUAUGAAUUCUUCAGAUAAGCAAGAGACUGUAUGUAUUUUUGGAACUGGAGAUUUUGGACAAUCACUAGGACUUGAAAUGCUCCAAUGUGGUUAUUCUAUUGUUUUUGGAAGUCGAAACCCCCGGAUGUCCAGACUGCUGCCCAACGGUGCAGAGGUCCUGAGCUACUCAGCAGCGGCCCAGAAAUCUGACAUUAUAAUCAUAGCAAUCCACAGGGAACAUUACAAUUUUCUCACAGAAUUAACUGAGGUUCUCAACGGGAAAAUACUGGUCGAUGUCAGCAACAACCUCAAAAUCAAGCAGUAUCCGGAAUCAAAUGCAGAGUACCUUGCUCAGUUGGUGCCGGGAGCCCACGUGGUAAAAGCAUUUAACACCGUCUCAGCCUGGGCUCUCCAGUCAAGGGCACUGGAUGCAAGUCGGCAGGUGUUUGUCUGCGGAAAUGACAGCAAAGCCAAGCAAAGAGUGAUGGAUAUUGUUCGUAGUCUUGGACUUACUCCAUUGGAUAAAGGAUCUCUCAUGGCAGCCAAUGAAAUUGAAAACUACCCACUGCAACUAUUUCCAAUGUGGAAGUUCCCCUUCUAUUUGUCUGCUGUUCUGUGUGUAUUCUUCUUUUUCUACUGUGUAAUAAGAGAAGUAAUCUACCCUUAUGUUUAUGAAAAAAAAGAUAGGACAUUCCGCCUGGCUAUUUCUAUUCCAAAUCGUGUCUUUCCAAUAGCAGCACUUACACUGCUGGCCUUGGUUUACCUCCCUGGUGUUAUUGCUGCCAUCCUGCAGCUGUACCGAGGUACAAAAUACCGCCGAUUCCCAGACUGGCUUGACCACUGGAUGCUUUGCAGAAAGCAGCUUGGCUUGAUAGCACUGGGAUUUGCCUUCCUUCAUGUCCUCUACACACUUGUGAUCCCUAUUCGUUAUUAUGUACGAUGGACAUCGACCAACAGAACCAUUGCCCAGGCAAUAGCCAAGAAAGAAAGUCCAUUUAGUACCUCUACUGCCUGGCUCAGAGAUUCAUAUGUCGCUCUGGGAAUGCUUGGAUUUUUCCUGUUUGUACUCCUGGGAAUCACUUCCUUGCCAUCAGUUAGCAACAUGGUCAACUGGAGAGAGUUCCGAUUUGUCCAGUCCAAACUGGGUUAUUUGACCCUGAUCUUGUGCACAGCCCACACCUUGGUGUACGGCGGAAAGAGAUUCCUCAGUCCUUCAAGCCUCGUCUGGUAUCUUCCUUCAGCCUACGUGAUAGCACUGAUCAUCCCUUGCACGGUGCUGGUGAUCAAGUUCAUCCUUAUCCUGCCAUGUAUAGACAAGACCCUUACACGGAUCCGCAAGGGCUGGGAAAGGAACCCGAAAUUCUCAGAAUCAGCAUUGAAUGGAAAAACAGAUAUUUAAAGCAAAGUUCAAUUCACCUGGACUUCUUAACUAUGGUGUUGUAUGUUUAGAGAAUAAUAAUGGGUGCGGUGAAGAAAGCGUUUUUCUCCCACCACAGACUGAAGCUUGUGAACAGAAAAAGAAAUCAUGCCUGACUUUGAAAAACGGACACCGUUUGAUCUCAGGCUGGUGUUGAAUCGGUGUUGGCCCCUGCCUCUCCUUUUGCUGGAGUUGGGGGUGCUGAGGUCACGAUUAGCUUUGUGGUUUCACACUAGGAAGCUUCUUUGUUGUGGGCAGCAUGCAUGACCUAAUGUCUUGCAAAAUCUAGGGGAAGUCCAUGCACUUUCCUUCUCUGGUUCAAGGGCAGAGAGCAGUGAAAGAGAAAACAGUAAGAUGGUGGCUACUGAUAAAGGCUUUAUUAGAUAUGUCUGAAGAAGAGGGCCGAGGAAGUAAAAGGAAUGAGAUUUUUAGUUUGGUUUUUGGCAGUGCAGAUUAUCAUAAAUAUUGCCAUGGUGAAUUCUGUAGUUGUGUGUGCUCCUUGAUUUUGUUACCAAUAUGGAUGUGUAGUGUGGGGAAUUAUUUUAUAAAACAAUAAAAAUAUCACGAUUGGAAGUAAUCAUGGUUUGGAUAUAUAAAAAUCUAUAUCAUAAGAUAUAUAUCCUUCCUCUACAAAGGAAUAGGUAUAGGAAAGAUUGAGUUAAAAAUGAGGGAUACCCACUUGGAUUUUCUCAGUGUACAAGAAGCAAAGAAGAGCUGAUAAAAGCCCUUGUGCAAAAAGUUCAAAUAAACCAAAAUUUAAAUAAAUUUUGUAAAGUUGCACUAUAUCAGGUUUGGUAUUGUUUAGGUUUUGUGGUAUGCUUUGUAAAUAAUAUAUUCCAAAUUUUGUUCAACAUUAAUCAUCUAUGAAAUGCAUUUCUAGUAUAAAAAAGUAGCUUCUGUAGUUUGUCAUAGUUUGUUGUCAAUUUAAGCAGUGAAAUUAAAUGAAUAAUGAAAGUGUAAGUUGGACGGAUACUUAGAUGAGAGAGAAUUAUGGUGUCUUCGGGGAGAGAGGUGUGAGCAGUAGUUGUAGCAGGAGACUUGGUUCUUUCUCAAAUCCUUGCUGGAAGGCAGGAUGGCUCUCUCUGCUUUUGUGUGCUGAUGAGGCCAUUUCCAAGACGGCCUUCAGCAGGAUUAUCCUUCCUGGCUCACACAUAGAGCUGAGAGGAGCCUCAUGUGUGACCUUCCCACACACCGAAACAACCAAAAGGCUUCGGGUUUGACAUUUUUCUGCCUGCUCCACAAAGGCCAUUUCUUUUACUUUUUACUUUUAUUAUCAUAUAUUCGAUAUGACCUUAUAUAAAAUGAUUAAAAUAUAUUAAAACAUCACCCACAAUCCAGGAUAUUUUUCUAUAAAACUUUUUGAAAAUAGUUCUGCCUAUACUAUAUAUUCAAUUUUGUACCCUUCCUUUUUCACUUAAUAUAUCGUGGCUUUGUCUGCUUACUUACAUGGUGUAUGUAUUGAAUCAGUGGCUGCAUAAUAUUACAUCAAAUACGCAUUUAUUUAACCACUGCCCUAAUUCAACAUUUAGGUUAUAUCCAUUUUUUACGAAAACAUUUCAUAGGCUAUCUUGGCACGUACAAUUUUUCCAUAUUUUAAAUUACUUCCUCAGAAUACUUGCAAAGAAUUGGGAUUAAAAAGUAAAGAACUUUUAAUAGCAUUGGAUACAUAUUGCCAAAUUAUUUCUAAAGUCAAUACCAUUGGCACUGAAUGAGGGUGUUGGUUUCAUUAUACCCUACCAGAUUUUGUUUUUUAUUUCAAUUUGUGUUAAUGAGAAGAUACA